UUCAUUUGAAGAAACAGUAAAUUGUUUUCAGUGAAUGAAAGGAUCAUAAUGUUAUUAUAAGUUUUGUGAUAUGGUGUUAUGUUUGUGAUUUUUUAAUUUUUAUUAUCUACCCGAAAACCGAUUGGACGUACUCCCCCCAUUCGAGAGACCGCGUGGAAUUAGCUCCCGGCGUGGUGGCCAUGCCGAACAUGUCCCGCAAGACCAUCCAUUCCGUCCAUUCUGAGGACAGCUCGUUCGCCGAUUUCGCCCACAAGGAGACCAACACCGAGGCUUAUUUGAGGCAGCAGCAGGAAUACAGGCCGCGGCAGCUGUUCAACAACAACCACGAAUACGAGACACGGAAGAAGGUUAGUUACACGUACAGCCAAUGGCUGCGGAUAAGGCGCACCCUAGUCACUGUCAUCACUUCCUUCGUCUCCAUGUGUCACUUCUUCCUUCGCGUGCAAACGUCAUGGUUUGCCAAGUUGCAUCAAUUCACCAGUCGCGUCAUGCUGUUGGACACUUGGCUGUUGUGGAAAAAUGGCAACAGCAACAAAACAGCCAAGCUGAUGGCGCUGUGUUUGGUGCCUUUGCUGUUGCUCGGCGGUUGGUAUAUUUUGACGAACCUAGGCGCCAUCUUUUACGCAACCUAUUUCAACUCUUCUUCAAUCGCUAUUCCACCUCCGGAAACCAUCAUCCAUCAUCCUCCCUCAAUGUUAAUCGAUCCACCGACCGACAAAAUGGCUGAAGAAAAUCCCAAAUUGUCUGACGAGCAACUGAAAGUGAUAACUGAUUCGUUGAAAACCUCCAUGAGUGACAGAGACAGGUAUAAUGUCGAGGAAAUAGUUGCAAGCGUAAUGCAAAGCUCAGGUUUCCAAGAAAUUGUGCAAAAACUCGAUGCUGCUCCAUCAAUCAACAACCAACAAACCAUCAUCGAUACUUUGGUAGAAGAGCUCCACAAGCUCAAAGAACACAUGGCACAGCUGGACAAAAAUAGGCUGGAAGACUUGCACACUAUAUCCCAGUUGAAAGCCCAGAACCUACAAAACACAGCUCACCUAAGCUACCACUUGACCAAAUGUUGUCGAAGACCAAUCAUCAACGUCGAAAGCUACGUCAAAAAACUACUCUCAGACAUUCUGAACGAUGCAGACUUCCUGAGGAACCAAAAAGGCUUCAACAACUACUUGCAAGCAGUUUUUGCAGCUAAGCAAGACCUAGAAGCGAAGCUGAGCAACCUGACAGCUCAUCUUAGCUCUAAGUUCGACAGUGCAAUAGAAGAAAGUAGCUUCAAACUGAUGGAAGAGGUGUCUAAGAAAGUCACUAGCUUCAUCAAAAGCAGCAGCUACUCACUAGCAAGUGGCUCAGACAAUUCUAGCUUCUCUGAUGAGAGAGCGAGAGAGAUAGUGAGACGUGUCCUCAAGAUUUACGAUGCUGAUAAGACUGGACUAGUCGAUUAUGCUAUGGAGACCAUGGGAGGUCAGGUUUUGAGUACGAGGUGUACAGAAACUUAUCACUAUGGCAAAGCUGUGGUUUCAGUGCUGGGUAUUCCAUUGUGGUACCCUGUGAAUUCGCCUCGUACCAUUAUAACGCCCAGUAUCAAUCCUGGGGAGUGUUGGGCCUUCCAGAACUUCCCAGGCUUCGUGGUACUAAGGCUGUCUAAGAAGGUGCAAGUUGAAGCCUUCAGUUUGGAGCAUAUCAGCAGGCUUUUGGUGCCUAAUGGGGACAUAGAUUCUGCCCCUAAGGAAUUUCAGGUGUUUGGUUUGAAGGAUGAAGAGGACAAAGAGCCUUUGUUGUUGGGGGAAUAUGUUUUUGAUGUGGAGGGGGAGCCUUUGCAGUUUUUCGAGGUGCAAAAUGGCGGUGGGGUUUUCGAGAUAGUGGAGCUGAGAGUGCUUUCUAAUAAUGGCAAUCCGAAUUAUACGUGCCUUUACCGGUUUAGAGUUCAUGGGAAGUGUAUUACGUAACGGUUCACUAACUUCGUGCACUGACUCAUGAACAAGAAAUGGAAGGAGAAUGCUAGUUCUCAGUUUUGAGCUGAUUUGAACUCGCUUGUACCACGUGAUCGACUCGGAAAAGUUGGUUGACGAGUGUGCGCAGUACGUAUACAGAUUGUUUGUCGAAUCGCUGCAUACAGUGGAUUUCAUAAAGUUGGCAUAAUAUGGGAAAUACUUCUAAUGAUAAUUUAUUUUGAGAGUCGACUCGGGGGGUUGAGUUUUGCUUAAAAAGAGAUGAAAAAUGGUCUAGUCGGUCGGGGUCACGUGAUUUUCGCUACAUGUCAAACGUUACAUUUUCUAUUCAUAUUAAUCGCAAAAAAUUGGCUUAUGUGUUUGAAUUUUAAAAAAGUUCACUAGGACUAGAGUCACUGGAUGGUAUUAGUUAGCUGUCCUUCUGUCCUUUUCUAUUUUCCAUAUUAAAAUGGUUUGAG